CUUCGCGUCCCAGUCUCGUCCGCCUCACGAAACCAUCCGGGUCGGACGCAUCAUUUCUCUAGGCCCGCUCAACUCAUGGCUUGAUCACCCCCAAGUCUUAAUUCCUUUUUUACCACUGCAAAGUGACAGUGAAUGCUUCCGCUGUUAGAUGAUUGUGAUAUGAACAUGGCUCUAGACAGUGUGGCGUUCCAGAGCACUCCUCCAGCGGCAUCGAUAGGUGGAGCCCUGAUAAUUGAUGAGAAACAAAGCGAGGCUUCCCUGGGCGAGGAGAAGGAGGAUGUGGAAGAAGGGGAGAUCACAGACGAAGGUGGAGGGGAUGAGGGGCCAGAUGAGGAAGAAGAUAAGAAGAAGAAGGGAAAGGAGUCCAAGGAGGAUGGGAAGGGGAAAGAUAAGGAGAGGAGGAGAAAUCGGAAGGACAAGGAGAAGGAUGAGAAGAGGAAGAGGAGGAAGGAGAAAGGGGAGGACAAAGAUGAAUCGGAGCGGGAUCACAAGAAGAAGAAAAAGUCCCACCACCACCACCACCACGGCUCGAAGCACGGUCGGGAGAAGCGGCGCAGGGAGUCCGACGGGAGCGGGAGCGGCAAGGACGAACCCGAGGAGGACCUCAACGACGAGAUGAUCUACGUGAGAGGAGCCAGCCCCCCCAGGAAGAUCGCUCCGAUGGGAUCGCCGUUGCGGCAGGAUGGCUAUGGCGAAGACGAUCCCUACGAUGAGCCAUAUGAAGAGGAUGAUGAGCGCAUGAUGGAGCGGGAGCGGCACAUGAUGGACCGAGAGCCUCAUCGUCCUCCACCACGGCGUGGGAGGUUCCCCAUGCAUCGACAGUAUGGCCCUCCGUUCGAGAGAGGUCGGUCUCGGUGGGACCGGGAUGGCGAGCGGCGGCCCAUGAUGCGACCCGGUUGGAGGCGACCCGAACUCUGCAUGUACUUCAUGCAGGGGAAAUGCAGCCGGGGCGACAGCUGCCCGUUCUCGCACGACGCCACGCCGCCCCGCAAGAACGAGCUCUGCAAGUUCUACAUGAUGGACUGUUGCGCCAAGAAGGACAAGUGCCUGUACCUGCACACUGACUUCCCCUGCAAGUACUUCCACACUGGGCUUAAAUGCUUCAUGAGCCCAAACUGCAAGUUCAGCCACGGCCCCCUCAACGAUCUCACCCGUACCGUUCUCCUCAAGCAUUUGGAGUCUGCUCCCAAAGAGAUUUUGGGAGAUUUUCCCCGUCUGACGGCCGAGGGUGCCAACUCCAUCGUCCGUGCCGUCGAGUCCAAGCACAACGGAUUCUGGGACCCCAACAAGAAGCUUCCAUCCGUCUACGAUCUCGAGUUCCGGGCGUCCUCCGAUCCGAGCACGUCUGCGAGCGGAGUCCCCAGCGAGAUGGAGUCCCAAGACGAGGAGAAGGAGAACGACGGAAGCCUCGUGAUCGUGGACGAAGACGGGGAGUUCUCCCUGUCGGCGCGGUCGGAAUCGAACAGCUGGUCCCAACAACCCGACCUGACCCAACCGCCCCACUACUUGCACCCCCCGCCCCCUCUCCCUCAGUUACAGGAGGGUCACAUCGCAUCUCCCUCGCCGUCGCACCAGUCCAACGGUACUGAUGCUCGUCUUCUCUGGAAGGAAGAACCCCUU